UUUUUCUCGUCUAGUGUGUUGGAUCGCCGAAUCUGUGUGUCGGAUGUCCGACCGUACCAUGAAAAUCCUAGACAAAAAUUCAAAAACUAGGAAAAAAAACCAUUCGAACCAAUAAUUUUCUCAUACGUGUAAAUCGGAGGGAAGCGGGAAACUUGUGAUCUGAGCAAAACCCCUACAUCUCCGAGCUCCAUCAUCAAUGCCCGAAGAAAAUUGGCUUAGCUUAGUUUGAUCACCACCAAUGUGGCAGGUUCUCUUAGCUGCAGCAGUGGCUGGAUCCACUGGUCUCGUUGCCAAGCACCUCUUUGGCCCUAAUGAUACCGAUGAUCCCACCCCCAGUAGUACUCUUCCCCAGCAGACCGACAAUCCCUUCCAUGCACCGAGUGCUUGUGAUGGCUCUCAAAGCGAACAGGAUGGGAUCUUUCGGUUUUCGAGCUCUGGGUCCCGGUCUGGAUCUGGAUCGAAGAACUCGAGGAUUAAGAAGGCGGCUCGGGUUAAGAGAUCUGGUAGUAUAAAGCCGGAGACCGAGGUCCCGAGGAAGAGUGCGAGGAGAUUCGCUGUUCGCUUAAAGAGGAGGAAACUCAGCAAGAAUGUGGCCUCGAGCUCUGCAUCGUCAUCUUCUAAAGAUGGCUCUUUAUUUGGCUGGGGACUUGGUGUUGGGAUUAUGUACAUGAUGUCAGCAGGGAAAUCUGAGAUCAGUAAGCUGAAUAUUGCUGUGGAUGAGACUGCAAAAGUUGUUCAAGAAUUAAAAUCUGAGAUUGAUAAAAAAAGAUCAUCCUAUCAUCUCGGCAUUUCGGCUUUUGCUAGUGAAGUAGAUGCAGUGCCAAACAAGAACUACAGCAAGCACACUCAACUUGCGGUAGACAAUUUUAGUACAGGAAAUAGGGACCCUAAUGAUAUCAAGGUUUCUGGUCGCUUGAUUUUUGACGAUGGUGAAUAUGCAAGUAGUGUUCUUACUGAAGAGCCAGAGCCAACAAUGCAUGAAAUCAAUCAACUUGAGGCUGAGCUUGAGUCUGAACUGCAAAAACUUCCUUGGUGCAUCACUGAAGCUUCUCACCAAGAGGAAAUAAGACCAAAUUUGGUUGAGACUGAAGUUUCAGCAAUGGAUUUGUGUGAAGCUGAAGGCCAGAAUUCAGAUUCUUAUCAGUUCCAUGGGGUGGUGCCAGCUGAACUUGAUCAGAAACUUUGCCAUUUGCUCAUUGAACAACAGGAACACCAAAUCGUGGAGCUGGAAUCCGAAUUGAAUUUGGCCCAAUCCAAACUCAAUUCAAAGGAAGCUGAGCUCCAAGCACUGAAGGAUUGUGUUAGACGCCUAACUGCUUUCUCUCUGUCAACCGUCUCGGACGAUGAAACUGAGGCACAUGAGGAACAAGAGCAAACCGGCGAAUGGAAUUACACGAACAAGACGGAAUCUGAAUCGAAGAAAGUAAUGGUUGGGAUGAAAAGAUCUGUUGACUCUGAAUCUUGCCUUCACCAUGUAAGAUGAUGCGAUACUUGAGGUAUGGGGUAAGAGGGAAAAUAGUAUUAGUUUCAAAACUUCUAGCAGUUGCUCUUCUUGCAUUCUGUACAUGUAAUUUAGUAGUUUUAUAAUAAAUUAUGUCUAGUGUCUAGCAAUCAACUCUGUUCCAAGUGAUUCCCUAUUGACUUGGCAAGCCUCCCUGCUCCCCCACCACGCUCUUUUCUGAGUGCCAAGCUCGAAACCUUAGUUGACUUUUUGUUCGCUUGUCGGUAUAGAACUUGAGUAAGUUGUCCAUUCACAUCAAGGAUUUUCCUAAAUUGCACUGCACACUCAGUAGGUGGGUUUCAAUUCUCCAGGGGUAGGAAUGGAAAGUAGGUACAUUUAGUGGGAAGAUGGCUGGUUAGCCAGUGAGAGAGAUGAAGAAAGGUGGAGACAUUGGUGGGGUUUUACUUUUGGCCCUUUUGGGAGGAUUUCUUUCCCAUUCUGUGAAGAUUCCCAUCCUAUGAAACUCAGGUUUUU